GUGUCACCCGGUCCUCCAACAUGGGGAGGGCUCUGGAGUUUAAAACGGUGUGAAUAUGAUAGCCCAUCUGGAGCCUCUGGUCCUGCUUAUGCAAGUGGAGAUCUCCGUGCACGAUUCAAAGUUGUCAGUUCGGAGGCACUAAUCUGCCAAGAGGUCGGUGUAAAUAAACAACAGACAACGACUUUUGGAUAUCCUCAAGUAAGUCGAUUGGAGAGGAAAGUAAGAAGGAAAAGUGAGAGUUUGAUUUUUUUUCUUGGAAUGGAGGCCCCGCAUGAGCGAUAAGGUUUUGGAGGACAAAAAAUAAAUAAAAUCAGGCACCGGGGAGGUGAGUGGCGGAUUUACCCUCAGAGGGGGUAAAAACAAACAAACAACAACAACAAAACAAAACAUGACUGUGGUGUCCCAGGACAAUAAAGAAGAGGCUGUGACGGUCACUCCUUUGUUACAAGAUGCUGCUGACUUGGAACCGGCGGACCAGGAGUGCAGCGAGAGGGUGGUCAUCAACGUAUCGGGCCUGCGCUUCGAGACGCAGCUGAAAACCCUGUCGCGCUUUCCGGGGACGCUCCUGGGGGAUCCGCGUAAAAGGACGCGCUUCUUCGACUCGCUGAGGAACGAGUACUUCUUCGACAGGAACAGACCGAGCUUUGACGCCAUCCUCUAUUAUUACCAAUCGGGAGGACGGCUCAGGAGGCCCGUGGGUGUACCUGUGGACAUUUUCCUGGAGGAAUUAAAGUUUUAUGAACUCGGGGAGGAAGUCAUAGAGCUGUACAAAGACGACGAGGGCUUGCCGAGAGAGGAGGAGAGGCCGCUACCGACCAACGAGUUCCAGCGGCAGCUCUGGCUCCUGUUCGAGUACCCGGAGAGCUCGGGACCCGCGCGGUCCAUCGCCAUCGUGUCCGUCAUGGUUAUUUUGAUAUCCAUCAUCAUAUUCUGUUUAGAGACUUUACCGGAGUUUAGAGAGGUGCCCCCAGAGCCGGAGCAGCACGCCAACGGAAGCGCAGACAGCAAAGCGCCCAGUCCCUUCACGGAUCCCUUCUUCAUGGUGGAGACGCUUUGCAUCGUGUGGUUCUCCUUUGAGUUCACCAUGAGGUUCCUGUCCUGUCCCAGCAAAGCGGCCUUCUUCAAGAACAUCAUGAACCUGAUAGAUGUGGUGGCCAUCGCGCCCUACUUCAUCACCCUGGGCCUGGAUCUGGCAGAGCAUGAGGGCAGCAGUCAGCAGGCGGCUUCCCUGGCCAUCCUGAGGGUCAUCAGGCUGGUGCGCGUCUUCCGGAUCUUCAAGCUCUCCAGACACUCCAAAGGCCUGCAGAUCCUGGGUCAGACUCUCCACGCCAGCCUCAGGGAGCUGGGGUUGCUCAUAUUCUUCCUGCUCAUUGGGAUUAUCUUGUUCUCCAGCUCGGUGUAUUUCGCCGAAGUGGAGGAUCCCGAGUCGACGUUUUCGAGCAUACCCGACGCGUUCUGGUGGGCCGUGGUGACGAUGACCACGGUGGGCUACGGAGACAUGUAUCCCUCCACCAUCGGGGGGAAAUUUGUCGGUUCCCUGUGCGCAAUCGCCGGAGUGCUGACCAUAGCUCUACCUGUUCCCGUCAUCGUGUCGAAUUUCAAUUAUUUCUACCACAGAGAAAACGAAGAGGAGGAAAAUGUGCAGUACAUACACGUGACCUGCGGGCAACCGGAGCAACAGAGCUCCUUUGGGGAGACGGAGUCCACAAAAAGUAACCAGUCCCUCUCCAAAACCGAGUCCUAUCAGGGGAGCGACGACCUUGAGGUCCUGACUCAUCCAAACGCGACUCAGCCGGAGGCUUACACAGGAAAGCUGACGGAUGUGUAAACAAGACAAGUGUUGUUUCUGGAGACAGAAGACUACAUGAAGCUUUUUCUUCCUUCAGUCACAAGAUUUACAAGUCGCAUUCUCUUUGAAAUUUCACGGAUUUUAUUUUUUACUUUGAACUUUUGUGCACUGCAGAGACUUUAAAGUGGACGAUCAUGGGGGGGAAAGAAGCUGUCAGUUGUCAUAAGCAUCAUGUGCAUUAUUUGUGUAAAGUAACACUAUUAUGUUUUGGCAUUGUAAAUUAAUUUAUAUGAAAAUUCUAAUGUAUACACAUUGUAAUUUUGUAAUUUUCAAAUGUCACUUUCUUAUGCUUGCAAUGCAAUGUGUACCUUGAUCUUUUUUAUUUCUAUUUUUUGCAGGUUUUUUGUUGUUCUGCAACCAGCUUUAAACAAAAAACUCCUGGAGCCGUAUUGUGCCAACAUGCAUGGCAUGCAUUCACUGUAACUUUUUAAAUGUAAUAAAAGACAUAUA